GAGCGGGCGCGGCGCCUAUAGCAACAGCGGCCGCAAACACCGCCGGAGCGUCCCGGAGCGGGGCGGGCAGCGCGGAGGAGCCGGGCCGGGCUGACGGGCACACGGGCGUUCUGCGGGAACCCGAUGGCGGCUGCCGGAGCCUUCGCCUGUCCCCGCUGCCGCUUGGCCUUCGGCUCCUUGGCGCUGCUCAGGGCGCACCGAGAGCGGUUCUGCAUCGGGGCCCCGGCGGGCGGCGGGACCGGGGAGGAGCCGGGAAGGGCGGCGGGACGGCGGGAGCGAGCGGUCACGAUGUCCCAGCACGAGGAUCAGCCCAAGCGACGCCAUGUGCUCCUGCUCUCCGGGCUCCCUCGGUCCCCUCUGGGACGUGAGGGCCCGGGCCGAGCCCGUGGGGCGCCCCUGGGUGACAUCCUCACACCCCGUGAGCGGGCGCUGCUCCGUGCCCCUGCUGUCAGCCGGCCGGCACAGCGGGGAGAGCCCAGCCCACCGCGGGGGGACCCACGAGUCCCGGAGCUGCUGGAGGCUCAUCAGCGCCACGUGGCUGAAAUCCGGGCCAGGACCCAGCAGCUGGAGCAGCAGAGAGAGCAGCUGAGCCGGCGCCUGGCAUUGCUGUGCAACAAGCAACUGUCACCAGAAAUGAACCGAGUCACGGAGGUGCCGUCAGACAGAGCUGGACACCAGCACCAAGGGGCUGCUGUCUACCUCGACACCCUCCUGCCACCCUCCGGGCCGCUGGCAGCUGAGGCCAGGGCACUGCGGCUCUCCUACCUGCGGGCUGGUGGCCACGAUGAGGCCACCCUGGCACAGCUGUUAGACCUCCAGCUGGAGGCCACGGCACUGGAGAAAAGGGCUGCACAGAAGAUGAGUAAGAACCAGCCCCAGCACAGAGCCCAGGGACAGGACCCCAUUGCUGUUGAGGCAGCACGGGGCCUGGAUGCGGCGCUGAUGGCUGUGGAGAUGGAGAACCAAAGGCUUGAGGGUGAGCUCCUGGCACUGAAGGUCCGGAGAGAGAUGCGAGCUGAUGUCGGAUCGCUGGCAUCCCAGCAGCGUGCAGAGGAGCUGGCUCAGCUGCAGGCAAAGAUGGAGAUUCUGCUGCGACGCCAAGCAGAGGGGAUGGGGCCGCGUCUGCCCCCUGCCGUCCUCCCACCGCCCGUGGCCCCUCCGCUCUCCCCAGCCUUCGCUCUAGCGGAUCCACUGAGGCCGACCCCGAGGACAGGAAGCCCCACAGCCUCCAGCCGCCCACUGGUGCCCUCCAGCCUCCCCAGCAUUCCCUUCGGAGCCCUGGAUGACCCCCCUCCUACUUAGGAGGCACCAGCUCAGCACAGAAGCCUUAAGCUCUUCAGCUCCUGGCCUUUUUCAGUGUAUGGACUAGCAAGUGCCAUGUUUGCAGUCACAUCAUGCAGAACAGAGCUGUACUAUUGCUCUGGAGUCAGAUGACACAGAACCAGCACCAACUUCACAAAAAUACAGUUCAGCCAUAGCAAGACAGGAGUGCAGGGAAGUAACACAGGGAACCACAGCCUCCUGCAGGAGCCACAUAAGCUCUGAUUACACCACUGCAGCACACAGGAGCAGUAUCACACCACAGUAACUGGUCAGAGAGAUGCUAACAGCCUUGUCUCACCUGCAGCAGGAGAGCAGAGAGGAAGGAGCCUGAGAGAGAAACAGGGACAGAACAAGGAAUGUUUGCUUACAAUCUUUAUUGAAGUCAUACAAAAGUUGCCAAAAAGUGAAAAAAUACACUAUAUACAAAACCAUUUUCCUUUGAAGGAGAGGAGUGUCCAAAGCUAAAGAAUUAUCAUACUGUGCUUUCAACUGCAGCCCCUGGUUCUGCUUGUGGCCUUUUCUCUGUCUAGAAGAAAAGAGAAGUAUUUGAUGUUUAUAAAACCAAGCCCUGCGCUACAGCACCAACUCAUGCAGCAGUUUCUCUCAUUUCAAGACAUAACCAUGCAUGCUUUGCUCAUCUGGAGCCCAGAACUACUCUGAAACAGUAACAAACGUAGGCCAGGUUAAGAACUUUAAAACCUUUAAGCAUCCUACUACAGAAAUGCUCUGGAGAAGGGCUUUGUGCUGUUGUUCAACCCAACUCAGACAUGCACAACUCAGCAUAUAUUUCUGUCCCCCCACUUUGGCUGUGGGGGUCACAGCUGGAAUCUCCCCAGCUCACUCAGCAUCAGACACCUCAAUACAACAUCUCAAUACAACAUGCAGCCUGGCAGCUCAGGAAUAUUCCCCAUCUUGUGGGAAGCCUGUGAAGGCCAACAGGUAACAAAGCCAGUAUGUGAACAACACACAAAACCAUGCCUGAACAGAGGGGGAAGGAAAAUAAUAUAUAUAAAUACAUAUGCGCAGAGUCCUGACUCAACUGCCCACCUCCUCUUCCAUUUUUUCUGCAACCUCAUUUCCACUGGGGGCAGCAUCACCACCACCACCAUUGACAGCCGGUUCUGCUUUAGAUUUCUUAGCUUCAUUGUCUCCCUGGUGGGUCUCCUCCUCUGGUUUCCUCUGAAGACAAAAUUGUUUAGUCUUCACUAAGUAGAAAUAGCAGUUCCAAGUAUUUUUAGAAAGUCAGCAUCUAGAUGUCAUUGUACAUUACUUAUUUAAGCUCUACUUGCCAGGUUCAAGAACUUAAAAGUGUUAGGAUUUAACCAAAGCUCUUAAGCACAAACAUCGCAGUCAAAGUAUAACCAGGAAGAUUAGGCAACUGCCAGUAACUACAGUGCUGAGUUAUCCUUACAGUUUGGCAGGGGAAUGGGUUACUGUUGAGCUAAGUAAUACCAUCUAGGUGAAUAGAUGGUAUUUACAGUCAUCCAUGUGAAGCAGAUCAAAGCUGCUACUAACAAACUUGAACUCAAAGCAGCCAGCAUAACACAGGGCAGGCUGUGCCACAACAGAUGGAAUCUUAAUUUUUAUAUUACAUACAGGAUGAUUAGCAAUAUGAGCAAUUCUAGAAAAAAAAAACAAUACCUUUAAAGGAACCUUAUGUCCAAUAUAUCCCAUUCUCUUAGUGAGACAUACUUAGCAUGGCUACACACUAGAACUGGCUUUGCUGUUUUUCAAGUCUGAUUCUCCAUUUCCACUUGGAAAGAAGGGAACCCAACACAGCCUGGUUGUUUUCAUUGUUAUUUCUGAAUAUCUCUAGGCUGCCCUGCUCCUCCUGCAGAUUCUCAAGGGAGCAGGGCAUUUGCUCAGGGAACAUCUCCCAGAAGGCAAACAAACCAGCCCUGCAGCUGCAUCAGUGUGGGUCAGGCACGGUGCUGAACCAUCACCAACACAUCUGGAGGCUGGAUGGUUCCCAGACUCAUUACCUCCCAGUGGAAAGGAGUUUUAACACACUAUUUCUGUUACUAUUUUUAAGUGUUCUUCCAGGCAUCAUAGAAAAAGCUCUAAGCCAAGAAAUCCAACAGUAGAGGGCAAAACAACAAUACUCUGACAAACUGUUUAUUCUAUUAGUGACUGCUGGACUCACCUUUUUCCUGACCAGGUGAGAGAUGUCUGUAACACACUGAGAUGCUCCAUCAGCUGCUUUUCUUACUGGAAUCUAUUAAGAAACAAACACUGACGUGUCAAUAACAGCAAGCCAUAAUCCUUAAAGCAGACAUGAAUUUUCUCAACAACUUUCUCUGUCCAACUUACUGUAGAAACAGAGCCGCUGCCUUCGCUUUGUGCAAAACCAGAUGUAGUUCCAACCUAGAAAAGCAGAAGAAAUAGUUAAUGAGCACAGUCAUUUAUUCACAAAAGGCCAAUACACAGUUUAGGAAGAGGCAGAAAAUCCAACCGUGUCUUACUGCAUUCUGCUUCUACGCUUACAUAUAGGAGAGACAGAAGAAAAGCUCACGUGGUGAUGUAACACUCUCUUAAGUCUCUCAUUUGACUUAGUGCUCAGAAGCUUAACAAAUUCAAGUUCAGGUUGGAACAGUUAAUUUCAGUAUACCCGCUAUUAACCCUUAGAUUUUAACUGCCUAAGUUAACUUUCUGCUCUUUAUGAAGUCUGAGCUUCUCCCAUUACUGGUUUACUUCAAGCCUCACAACAAAUGUUUGGGUCAAAGGAAAAUGCAGGAUGCACUAACCAGAGUUGCCUUCAAUGCCAGCUCAGCUACCCUCGCACUCUUUUGAGACUCCUUUGAAUCCUCUAUUUUUUCUUUGAUUUCAGGGAGAAGUCCCUUCAGUUCUUCAAUCUCCUUCUCAUCUUCAGGGGACCCGCUUUCUG